AUGUCGCCGCGUCGAUCGUCGCGGGCUCGCACCACACAGCCCCCGCCCAGCGUCGCGACAGCACACAGCAGCACCUCAUCCUCAGUCUCCUCAGCCCGCACAGACCGAGCAGCGAAAAACAAUCAAAAGCAGUCGUCGCCGCACAAGUCGUCGACCCCGCACUCGCUCUCGUCAGAGGAGCUCGAAGACCCACCUCGCGGCGCGCAGGUGCCGCUAACCCGGCGUCGCACGCGCGAACAAGACAACGACGAAGACGAGUCGACAAAGCUCGAUGACGAUCUCGAUGAUGACAAUGCCGAGGAAGGCGAGGUUACGCGGUGCGUGUGUGGUUUCCAGGACUACCCGGGCCUACCACCAGAAUACGCCCAGUCCAGCCCUGCUCUGGCAGACUCUGACGCUCAGGGCGACGAUGUCGGCGGACUGUUCAUCCAGUGCGACUGGUGCAAGGUCUGGCAGCACGGUGGCUGUGUGGGCAUCUUGGACGAAGCCUCCAGCCCUGAAGACUACUUCUGCGAGUUCUGCAGGACCGAGCUUCACAAGAUCCUGCCAACUGGCAAAGGUCACGACUACUCCCGCUACUACCCUGUGUAUAACGAAAUGCACAAUGAGAACGCAGACGAGUCUUCUGUUUCAAAAGAGCCUGAGAGGCACUCGAGCAGGGAGAACGACCGCAACGCCCGAGCCAGCGUCGAUUCGUUUGGCAAACGCCGGUCGACAAUGAACAGUCGGGCUGCAUACGACGAAGACGAGGUUCUGAGGAAGGUAUUGGAGGAGAGCAAGCAUGAGGGCACUGCUCCUUCAAGUACCGGCAAUCGCAAGAAACGAAGUCGUGACGACAGCGAAGAGGUCAAGCUAGAAGUCAAACGACAGCGCACAAGCUCACGUUCACCUAGCGGCUCGCCCGUCAUCGAAUCUGAAGACGAAAGCCUCAAUGCCUCUGCCCCAAAACAGAAGCCACGCGGUGCUGCAGCAAGGAGUCAGCGCGACAAGGAACAACGCGAGAAGGAUCGCGAGAAGGAACGCGUCGAAGCCGCAAAUCGGCGGAAGGGACGCGCAGAGCGAAGAAAAGUAGACGACCCCAAGCCCGUACCAGCUCCACGACGAGGCGGUCGGCCACCGCAGAAGUCUCGCGGCCGUCUUGGUCGGAACCAGUACUCACGCGACGCUAUGCCCGCAACAAAUGGUGUUUCCCCCGCACACGACAUACCAAACUCGCCUCAGCCAAGCGCCACAAAUGGCAUUAGCAACGGACACGAUAGCAGUGAUGGGGCUGCAGGACAAAAAUCUGCCAAGUCGAAGAACUGGCGGCUGCAGAAGGUUUCAUGGAACGAUAUCAGACGUCCGGCAGGCGCUAUGCAAAACUACAUCGCGCAGCGGCAAGUCGAGAUGGCAGGCGAGAAGCAUAUACCAGCUCCAGCUGUACGAUCUUUUAUCGCUGCUACAAACGGCGAUCAUAGCCAAGAAGGGACCAAAGACGACGACGUGGAUGUCUCCAAGUUCAAGGAACUCAGCACCACACAGAUGAUGGACUUUCUGAGUCGCGACCUCGUGCACUGGCAACAGAUGAUAACCGAGCCAAAUGGCAAAUGA